AUGAGCCGCUUUUCAUUUAGAAAGAUAGUUUUUAAUGAGGACAAAUUGUUGAGCUCUGAAAAUACCCCUGAGGACAAUGCCGCUUCGUUUAAAAGCCUCACUACAUCAAAAUUUAGAAGUGACAAAGGAAAAAGUGGGCUUCCCCAUCAGGGGGUCGAAAACACCAAACUGAAGUGUGUACCAAAUUUUGAAGAUACGCCAAAUGGUGCUUCGCAGCAGAAAUGUGUGGACCAUAGAAGUGAAUCUUCCCCACUGAAGAGUGCACACACCUUGGAGGACAACCAAAAUAGGGGAUACAUGAAUUUGAUAAAAAAUAACGUAAGAAAUGUUAUCAGUAAUAUAAUUAAUAGGAAAUCCAUACUGGGCAGAAAAAACAACGAAGAUGUCAGAGAAGACGAGAAAAAAAAGACAGCUGAAGUAAAGAACAAAGGGCAGAAUAGCAAUGCAGGUGUGAGCAAAAGAAUAGAAUUUCCUGACACUAAUGGGGCAUCAACAGAUUUGAAACCGAUGCCAAGGGGUACUGAAAAAAAGGGAACCAACUCCAACUUGGUUACAAGCAAGGAUGAAAAUAAGUCCUCCGUUAGAAAAACUUGGAUAAACUUAAAACAUGUCGACAAGGAUGUUACCAAAAAUGAUGCCAAAUAUGAUGACUCAAAGGUGAGUCCUAGGGGUGUAGCGAAAGACAUGGUCGAUCAGUCAAAUGGGAAUAACAGACAGCUAAACGGAAGGGGAACUCCAACAAAUGAAAAAAAUGGAGGCGCAGAAAAGGUUACCCACGGGGAUGGCAGCAGAAGCAACAGAAGUGGCAAAGCAGUGAACGAGAAAACACGCAAUGAUGUGGCGUCUUUAAGUGGGAAGGGACAAUCGCUUAUUAGCAGAAUCCCCUCUCCAGCUAGCAAAGCCACACCGCUAGCUACCAAACCGUUCAUCGUGGGAAUAAAGAAAAAUGAAAAAAUAUCAAAUAAGCAAUACGUCUUCACGUCGAGGACCACAAACAACAGAGAAAAAUACGUAGGCAGAAGUACCUCCCCAAAUUUUCUGCACAAUGAUACCUUUCAAAAAAAUUUAAAAAAGACAUUAAUUGACACCAUCAUGAAUCCUGACAUGGGGGAACGCACGCCAGAACUAGUGGCGCCCUUAAGGACAGCACCAAGGAUAACGAAAACGGCAACCCCAACCAAUGUACUGAGCAGAAGCGGACAUCCUGACCUACUCAGAAGGGACACCCUUUUAAAUCAAAAGGGCUUUCCACAUGGAGACAAAACAAAAAGCGUAAUCAAAUACCCGUCGCCAAUGAAUGCGGGUAGUGUCAAAGCGAUUGGUUCACACAUGAAAGGGGAUAACCUUUUCGAAACGAAGCAGCAAAUUAUGAGAAGGUAUUCUACAGCCGUUCGAAACAGAAACUCAGUGCUAAGAAAGAACAGCGUAACGACGAAUGGACACAUCUCCCCUUAUAAACUAAAUGGAGAGGGAAACGAAAAAAAAAAAUUAUCCUCCAAGGAAAAUGAUACACCCAAAAUGGUGAGCUCUAUUAAGGACGCGCAAGCUCCUGACAAAACGGAAUGGAGUAACAGAGAGGAUGGAAAAGCUUCUCAUAAUGAUGUCUCACCGAGUAGUGCAAAUUAUAAGAAUAAAAUGGCCUCUAAAAUGUUGUCCUUGCAAAGGAAAAAAAUAGACGUGGUGACGAAUUCGGUUCUAAAAAAUGGGAGAUUGGUUAAGGAAACUUCUCUCACAGGGGGAGUUAAAUAUAGGAGUAGUCCUACGUCGAAACAGGGUACACAAAAAUGGGGACUACAUAAACGGGUGGGAGGAAAUAAUAAACCAUCCCCUUUGAAUAUGCCUAAACGAUCCAGCACGAUGAAUUUUACGAUGGUAAAUAAGGAAGGUUCAGUGCCAAGCAGGACACUGAGACGGUUUGAUAGUGUAGCUAAGGGUCAGGUAAAAAAGGGGGUGAAUCUUAAAACAGGAUACAAAUUAGAUACAGGUAUGAAGCAUAAACGUUUUUUCCCAGUGGAUAAUAUUGAGAAGGUGGGCCAUACGUAUUAUGGUGUGAAAUGUAAAAGUAGAUUUACGUCGGAAGGAGACGAAUGUGUGGGGGGUGAUGUUGAGGAGGAGAGGGGGUCCGGGCUCAGUUAUGCUACCAAGGGGGAGCAAAUUAAUGGAGACAUGGAACACUCAACGAGGGAAACGCCCCUCGAGGGGGGUGACCAAAGCGACGCAAUGGAACCACAAACAGGGGAAGCACAUCUAGAAGGUGAAAUGGGAAAAAGUGCUAACCCCGCGGAGCAUACGCCAGAUGGGGUAGUGACAGGAGACGAGGUAUAUUACGACUCAUCAGCAGUGAACUCCGCACAGACGAAGUAUCGCGAAACGGAUUUGUAUGAACAUUUUAACAACACCACAAUGAUGAUGUUAAAGGGAAAUUUGGACUAUGGAGGGGGGGCUGCCUAUGAGGUGGAAAAAGUGGAUACACAAGAGGGGGGACCAAAUGGUGAGCAAGAAGAAAAUGGACCAGAGGAAGAUGAUGAAAUUGGCUCCUCCCCCAUGGCAGGAAGUGACAUCCUGGCAGAUGACCCACUUGUUGAUGAGGAUACAGAAAAAGGAAGUGGGAUCCAUGUGCGAGUAAACCAUCAAUCGGACGGGCUGCACACCCUGCUAGGAGGGGAAGUGGCCCAAUUUUGCACCGCCGAAGAAACACUAAAGGGUGAAGCGAUAGAUGCCCUUGAAAGUGAGAACGAUAAGGUAGAUGAUUCAGACAGUGAGUUCAUCACCGUCGUGAAGGCGGAAAAUUUCCGCAAGGAUCGCUCAUCGGACAAUGUAAGCAGCCAUGUAAAUAUGAAUGAAGAAAAUAACAUACCGGUGAAGGAAGAACAAAAGGGACAUGCACUCAUUCGAGGAGAUAGUCGUAACAUCACAAAUGAAGAAGGUAAUAAUUACGAUGGGGAAAAUGGGGGAGUAGCAGAAAUAGGGUACAACAGAAAAAACGAUUAUGUGUGCAUAAGAGUAGAAUCCCAGGAUGAGGACGUCAUUACAGAGAACGUGAAAAUUUACUUAAAGAGUAAAAGCCAAGAGGAUGGAUUCAAAGGUGACUGGGGAGGGGCUGCCUGUAACAGUUGUAUAACUAGCGAAAGCGUAAAAAAUGGUGAGAAUAUCUCUGCACAAGUGAAUAUUGGGCAGGUCAACAAUUUGGCCGUUUCGCACGAUAAUGUGGGAAUAUGUAUCUUCAAAAAGGGGAGCAAAACGGAGGAAGGUAUUAUCAGGGGGGGGCAUUUAGAAAAAGGGGGGAAAAAGAGCGACGAAGAAAUAUCAUGCACACAACCUACCGGCAAAGGUAAAGGGCUGCUACCCUCCCGUGAGACGUGCAUGGGGGUAGGCCAGGCACAUGAAACACACCCCUCAAAGCGACUCCAAUCGAGGUUAAGAGAGAAUAAUAACACACCGCAAAAACUUGGGGGGAGAAAAAGCGGUGCACGUAAAAAGAGUAGCACCAUUUGUGGAGACGAACAAAGCAGUAAGAGGGGAAGCCAUUUUAAGGCAACCCAGAUAUGUGGGAAGAAUUUCCCUCGAAGGAAGCAUAAAAUGGUGAGGAAAAAUAACAUGUAUAAUUUCUGCUCCAAGUACAAGAGGAAUUACAACCUAAGUUUGGAUAACCGCAAGGUGAAGGGAAGAAAAGUGGCAAGCGAUGGAAGAAAGAACGAACAGGUGGAUACACAUGCAGAGAGGGGCUUCUCAGGUGAAGAGAUCAUUGUAGGGGGGGAAGCAUAUCGUGGUGGUCAGCAGGGAAACGUCUUUUCCAAUGAAGGGGUAGCCGAUCAAUUGUGCAGUGGGAAAAAAAGGAAAAUUGGUAAAGUGCUUAUAAAUGCUACCACGCCCAGUCGGCUUUUGAAGAAAAAAAAAAUGCAACCAAGUUUGCCUGUAAAGAGUCAUUCCCCUGGAAAAUUGAAGGGCAGGGUGGGGAAGUCUAGGGGCGGUGAGGGGCGCAGGAGAAGAAAAGGAAAAGAGUUAAAAGGGGGGGAUGCGUGUGGUGUAGUGGUGUCCCAGGUGGAAAAAGUGGUAGAAUCGUCAUCCCAGAAGGAAGAAGUGGUAGACGUAACAGACGUAGCAAUCGCGGCAGGCGCACCUGCUGCUAAAGACGCGGAAUGCGUCUUCCGCGAACACGAGUGGAUGGGCCUGAUCCUGCAGAUAAUAGACAACGAUAAUUUCGAGCUAGCCGAAAAGUUGAUGCUCUUGAUUUUCGAGAAGGAGGAGGAGUUAUACAAACAGUUCGUAGACGUGGAGAGGAGUGACGCGAGCACGUGCGCCGAUUUUUCUCCUCUCGGCCAAGCAGACGAACCGAACCCAGCAGACGAGACAAACGGAAUGGACGAACCGAAGAAGAGGAAAAAGGAAGUGUCUGAUUACAUGGAGCAGAUUGUGCACAGCUGCCCAGCAGAUUGGCCCCUCCUAGACAUAGCCAUACUGAUAAUCGUCUCUCAAAUAGUAUGCCACAUUUUUACGCAUAACAAAUGGAAGUACUUUUUUCAAAGCUGUGUUUUAUUUGAAAAAUUCUGCAUUCCCAUUUUGUUGAACUCGUCUAUAAUUAAUGCAGAGAGAAAUGGAACCCUCAUCCUGAUGUUUGAGCACGACUUCUUCUGCAAAAUAUUGGUCACUGGGAAUGAAGGGAAGCUAUCCGCCGCUGCGAUGAAAUACCGCUGUGAGUACUUAAAGAAUGACCACGUGGGGAAGGAAAGGACCAUUUUGGAUGUGAUUUUCCUGGCCUUGGCUUCCUACAUUACCGUGAGCCAAAACUUAAAUGAGUAUGUGGAAAAGAACAACCUUGCGUACUAUUUGGACUUGUUUCGCAAGAGAGCCCGUGAAGGGGGGGUCGAGGAGGAGAGGCGGAAAAGGAGAAAGAGGAAGCUGUUUCGGGGGAGCAGUCAAAUGAGGAGAAGCCACCAAAGCGGGGAUGGUCAUCACCGAAGGAGGCCUAGUAACAACUCCAAUUACACCGCAAAAAAGCAGCGAUUUUCCGAGCCCCUGCACCAGAACAAGCGAAAGGAAGAGCAAUAUCUUUAUGAACAAACAAAGAGAAGAAGAAUGACGUACGAGAAAAAUGUGAAAAGGAGGCUGAGCAUUCUGAGGACAGCCAAAUGUAUUAUAUCAAUGGAUAAGCACUCGAUGCGUCGAAGGAGUGCCUGUCCUAACGCGUUGCAUGGGAAGGAAAUUCCCAAGGAAGACAGUGAAAACCAGCAGGAGGAUAAUAAAACGGGCAAAUUCUUCCUCUUUAGGAAUAAAAAAAUUGAGACCAUUGUGCAGUACCAUACUAGGAGCCACUUAGAAAAAAUGUUGUGUCAUAUUGUUAUCGAAAUAUUUAAUUUGGUGUAUGCGUUUGGGGAGUACUCCGUGGAGAAUGUGCUCAUCAUUCGGAAGUUUUUCCGCGUGUUUCUAAACUUUGCGCAGAAGAGAUUCAUCGGCUUGUCCGUGCGUGCACACUCUCGGGGAAGUAGCGAGGUCGGGGGCGACUUGGACAGCGAACAACACGCUAGCACAAGCACUAUGACUACUUCUUCCUUUGCCGCGAAUGUGCGCGCAGUGGUGCCCCCGCCCCAGCGGAUAUAUGACAACUACUACAACGUGUGGAUUUGGGUGGAAAGAAUUUUUUCACAAAACUUUUACGAGCUGAACAAUUUGUUGUAUAAUGUAGACCUGGAGAAAAACAACCUGGUGGGCGACAACAAUCUAAGUGCCAACUAUGCAAAGAUAGAAACGAUUAGUAAAAACGUGAAAAGGUUUUCCGCGUUGCAGAGGCGGAACUGUUCCGUGUUGAGGAGGUACUGGGCGACCUUCGGGUCCAAGGAGGGAAUUGCAACAAAUGGUGAAAGAGACGUAAUUGGGGUAGUUAGCGAUGGUGGUGAGGGAGGGAGCACAACGGUACCAGGGUCACCUAUGGAUACAUCCAUGGAAGAAAUACCCCCCGGUUUGGUGUCCCACGAGUGGCUCCCGAACGGGGGGAUGGACAAGGAAAACUUGCGCAAACAUCGAAUCCUCUGCAAACUCGAAAAAAGGGACCACUCGAAGGACAGGCUGACCUUCCACUUCUUAAGUGCAGUUGAGUGCAUCUAUCAUGUGUACCACUCGAUGGAGGAAAUUCCGUCUUUUCUUCAUUUAAAAAAGGAGAGAAAAUAUUUUUCAAACUAUAUGGGUAGUAGCGAAACGGAAAAUGGGAGAGGAUCAACGGGGAUACCUUUUUUGAAUGGACCCACAAGUGAGCAUUUUGAUGGGAGUAGAAGUUAUUCUGGUCCAAGUCAAGAUAUGUUACUUCUGAACCGUCAAAUUGAUAGUAGUAAUAAGUACGGGAGUGGGGUGAAUGCCCCGUUGGAGGAUAAGACCGAUCACUGGAUUAGACAGCUAAAGAGGAGGCUAAAAAUAUACGACAUACAGUGGCAUGAGGAAUAUGAAAAGCAGUACGUAAAUUUGGCUAGCUCGAUGAAAAAGUUAAAAAAAAAAUUUAAAGAAAAAAAUUUAUUUUGUAAAAUGAUGGAGAGUGAUGUAAAUUCCAUUUGGCUAGACAAGAACCAGGUGUAUCUCCAAUACAUCCAGAUAAUGAUAAAUUGUAUGUUUGUUUUAGGAUGUUCCUAUGAUGAGAUUUUCCAGUUCAUAAAAGGGAACUAUGGCUUUGUGUUUAACAUGGUGGAGGAGAUUCGCAGAAACUUGGCUGGGUGCACGAGUCAACCUGAGGGGGGAAGGAGAAAGUUCCAAGACGACAACUUUCUACUCAUGGCAUGGGAAAUCGCCAACUUUUAUUUUUGCAUUUUAUAUUACAAAUUUGAGUUGAAGGAAAUUUUGCAAGAAUUACUAAAGUGGAUUUCUAUUUUUAGUGAAAUGGAGGAGGGGGACCGGCUUGGCGGUUCCUUGCUGACGUACAGGCAACGAUGCGUAUCCUACGCCGCACACAUUUUAAUCUUCCUCAAUGAGUAUACCUGCGCGAAGAGGGUGCUGAAGCAGUUCUCGCAGGAGUUCCUACCAAAUGUGCGGCAAGGUCAGCGAGAAAAUGGCAGACCAUUAAAUGACAAACCGGUCCAACCCCCCUACAUCGAUGAACGCAGACCAGCCACCGUUGCCAACUGCGAAAGAACAGCCCUGCACGCGCACACCAUCAACAAGUGCUACCUCUACGACAAGUGGAUCAACUUCAUGAUCAGGAAGUACAACCGUCUGAUUCCCUUCCUCCUGAAAAAAAAAAAUAUCGUGAAGCUAAUUCUUUUUAACAAUAAAAAUGUAAAAAUAUUGCUGAAGAAGAAAAAAGAAAAAGUGCUCACAAAAAAAGUGAUGAGUAAAAUGCGGCAACUGCAGAAAGUUGUUUUGUCUCUUUAUUGUCUCUGCGUUAAGUUGUACAAGAGCUAUUACGACCACGCGUCCUUUUUGCAUUUCAAAACGGCACAGCAGUUGUUGGUCGCUUCGAAGUACUUGGGCAUUCAUAUUAAAGAGAGGGAAGUGGUGACGCCUUAUUUCCCAUCGGAGGGUGCAGAUGGAACUGAGGUGAAAAUGGGAAAAACGCUUCUCAACGGGUUACCCUACCAUGGGGCUUCAAACAACUUUCUAAAUACAGAUGGUGAAGGGAAUUUAUUUUCUGGGUGCUCCUUCGGCGAUGCGAUGGGUAGAUCCCCUGCAGGAGGUCUUGCAGCUGCCGAAUGGGCUUCCCCUGGGUUGUAUUUGCAUACGGAGAGUAGUAGUUCCCACGUUAGUCCUCAUUUGGGGAAACCCGACCUGGACGAGGACAACCAAAACAACGAUGACAUGUUCUAUCUUCACGCACUUGUUCUGAGCAUACAGAUACAGUACACCCUCUCUGUGUGUAUCAUAAUCUGCGCAGAUUUGUUCAUCUCCCCGGCUAAGUUAAACCGACUUGCGGGGGGAAGGCGAUCCAAUAAAGACCCACCUGCAGGGAGCAAGCCGAAGCAUCAUCAUCCCCCCUAUGUCAGAUCAUUAUUUAACUGCAAAAUUUUGCGCAAACAUUACAGAGUUAUAAACGGGCACGACUUUUCCAAAAAGAAAAGUAGCAAUGAUGCAAAACGGAGGAGGAAGAAAAAGAAGAAAGGAAAACAGCUCGUGCGUUGUGGUGGUUUGGGCCUGUCUGGUCAUAUGCACAUGUACUACGUUAACUAUGUUGAUAAAAGGGUCAGCAAAGGAAACCAGGGGGAGGCCUCCUCAUCCGGGGUGGAGUUACAAAAGGAUAAAAAAGUUACCUACGGUGUUCAGCACGCAGGUAAGUUGUGUGACCAUUGGAAGGUGUCACACGUAGGAGACAGCUCCAAAAAUUCACCCACCGACUGUUGGCAGGACCACCCGUGGACCAAUCAGCCAGACCGGGACUGCCUCUCUGACGUCGUAAUGGAAAAAACGCAUAACCCUCUGGAGGGGGAAGGGGCGUCUCCAGUGAGCGGCUGGUCCAGUGGCCACCUGAAUGGCUACCUUAGUGAGUGCCUGCCUGGUCGCCAUGAAAAUUUCAAGAGGUCAAUUUUGAAAAAAAGGGGAAACAACCUGAACGUCCGUGAUGGAAAGUCAAAGCAGAACGGGGAUGACUGCACAGUGCGGAUGAACGGGACAGAUCCUGUAGACGCAAGAAACGCUUAUCACAUUCUAGUGCAAAUUUCGACGUGGUUAAGUAAAAACUCCGCUGCGCAGCUCGCGUGGAUCGGUCAGAAGCUUUUUAAGAUGUGCCUUCCGGAACUGCUGUGCAUCGUCCUGGCGCUACAAGCUAACAUGUUCAUGGGAAAGAACAUUUUGACGAACAUAAAACGAAUCGACCGCAUACUGAAGCUAUGCGCCGAGAGCCCGCAGCUGGUUUACUUCGCCGCAGAGUCAUUGAAAAACCACAGAAGUAAGACAAAUCGGAAGACAUACAAAAAUUACUUUAGCAUAGGUAAAAGGUACAAGGAAAUUUUUAUGAAGAGAAAAAGGGACGUCAUCGACUCGAAGGAAGAGCUCUUCCAACUGUGUCGGCAUUUUUUACCAUGCGAUGGGGUGGACAAGGGAAACAACCACAACGGUGCAGUUUGA